AUGGAUAACGGGAUAUCGAUGGUGGAGGCUCCGGCACCGAAAGUAGGGGUGGCGGUCUUCUUGCUAAGAGGGAAAACUGUGUUGUUGGGCCGACGACGCUCCACCGGCGUUGGUGACACCAAAUUUUCACUCCCUAGUGGCCACCUUGAGUUUGGUUUGGAGAGCUUUGAGGAGUGUGCAGCAAGAGAGCUAAAGGAAGAGACCGGUUUGGACAUUGAGAAGAUAGAGUUUCUCACAGUCACAAACAACCUUUUCCUAAAUGAAGUGAAGCCUUCUCAUUAUGUAGCCAUCUUUCUACGUGCAUACUCGAGAGAUUCUCUUCAAGAGCCUGAAAAUCUUGAGCCUACGAAAUGUGAUGGUUGGGAUUGGUAUGAACGGGACAACCUCCCAAAGCCACUCUUUUUGCCUGUGCAGAAAAUGGUGAAGGAUGGUCUUAAUCCCUUUCCAAUUAUUGAUUAGAAUUCAUCACCAAAAUAUAUCUUGCGCUUCUACUACUACCAUUAGUAUAAAUGUGUUGUUUUU